AUGUCUGAGGCGCCAAUAGCGACAAAGAAUGCAACCAGGAAGGUAGCCAAGAAGGCAGAUACAAGAACAAAUGAAGAGAAGGCACAAGCCGCUGGACUCAAGCGGGCGAAAUGGAAGCAGGACAUGAAGGUUGACGAGAUAAAAUGGCACGAUUCACUUGCGAUCCACGACGGACCCGGAAUCGCGAUGUACGUAGGAGACUACGAAGAAGAUGUUGAAGAUGGCGGAAAGACAACGGGAAAGCUCUACCUUAGUUUCACAGGACCUGCGGACAACCUGAUUUUCAAAUAUUAUGAGCACGACGGCAAGAGAAUCCCCGGGAACAUAUUUGACAAGAGUAGUCCCUUGGAGAUACGCUGGGCUUUCCCCUGGGAGCAUACGGCAGAAAACGAGACAGAUCAGCGAAAGGCCCCAUUCUCUGAGGUAGAUGAGGCCAACAUUGACAAGUUGAUGAGAAGAAUAAAGAAAAAGAUGGAAGAGAACAAGGAUUUCGAAACAAAAGACGUGACAUUCUCGGCAAAGGCUCUCGAGAUGACGAUGAUGGAGACGCCACCAUUCUCCGAACGAGAAAAAAUUGACGAAGUGUUAAAGAAACCCAGAUACCUGGUAAUGAAGCACAACAAGACGCGAACCCUAUGGCAGGCUGGCGAGAGCUACGUGAGCCACGAAGACACAAGGGAGAUGCUAGACAUCAGCCAAACGGCACCCUACCUGCAUUUGCUUGUCACCACAUCGACCGACUUGAGGACAUUGGUAAGAACAGGAUACAACGCUAAAGAGUGGCUGGCCUUUGUCUCUCAGACACAUAUUCCCGUUUUCCCCUGGGAACACGCCACGUAUCAAUUCAUCCGUCAAGCACUAAGAUCGUGUGGCAUUCGACCUAAGGGAGCUCUUGCGGGACUUGUCAGAACGAAAAAGUGGAGUGAUGACUUUGCCCGAGAGAGGGGCAUGAACUUCUGUCCAUUGCCUUUCGACGAGUUCUAUAUCGAUGAUAUCGACUUAGCAGCAAAGUGGUUCCACCUCACGCCCAUCCCUCAUCCAAUGAUUGCAGAGGACUUCAACGACAAGGUGGUCAGCGCCCAUGGAAUACUGGAAGAAGCCAGGGCAUACCCUAAAGUAGACACUGAAGUGCUCAUCAAAAACAACAUAUACGCAAAAGCCACUAUGGGAAGAAGGGAUCACAUGUGUCAAGCACUACUCAACAGCACCAUGAAGGGAUUUGAAAUGGGGUGGACCGAUUGUUUGAAACAUCUGAGUCUUCUUGACUGGAACGAAAAGGAUAGAAAAGCCGCAACAACACAGCUGAAGUAUGCCCCUCUACCUCCAGACUAUGCCCCUCAUUCUCCAUUACCGGCCGAAGAUGUGGAUCGAGAUUACGCUCAAAUACAUGACCCGUAUCACAUGAUACGUUUGCUGCAGGGAUUUGCCUUUACCGAGAUAGAGCAUCUGCUAAGCCUCCGCGCAAAUGCAGCCCCAUUUCGCCAAACACUACAAAACGUCUUCCGCAUUGAGGCCCGCGAGUCUUGUGACAAACCCCUUCAACUAUAG